AUGAAAUUUUAACAUUUGUUAAGUAAUAUCCAAACCUUGACGUUGAAAGAAAUCAAAGAAAUGACCUUAAAUAAUCUGAAGCAAUUACAUUAUAGAAAUCAAUAUUAUAAUAAAUUUCAAUCACAGGAUCUAUUCAUAUUGAUUAAUAAAAAUUUAUAUUUAUCUAAAAAACCCAAGACCAAAUGUGCAUAGAAUUUCUGUCAAUACCACUUUAAAUCAUUGAAAGAUAGAAAAGAUGAAAUCCAACAGUAUAAAUUUUAUUCCCAUGAGAACAGUUAGAAUAUAGUGGAAAAGUCAAUUUAUUAAUCAUUUUAGGAGGAGAAUAAUGAGGUUUUUGCAAGUUUUAAUAAUUUGUUUAAGACUCAUAAACUAAUAGCAUGUUUCUUGGACAAGAUGGUUAAAAUUUAUUUUAUAGAGUCAUCUAAAGAUUAAGAAUAAAGAAUCAAGGCUUAAUCAAUAUUGGAAUCAUGGCGGUCGACAAUCUUAAAUAGGAAUAAUUUGCAAUCUAGCUCUUAUCAAUUAUAGAUUAAAUAUUUGCUAUUGAAGAUAUAUAUGGCUCAAAGCAGACUUUUUCAAAUGUGUCAUAAAUGGGCUCAAGAAAAUCAGUAUUUUUUAUUGACACAACAUGUUAAUUUUGCUAAAAGCAAGGUUGUGUCUGUUAGAUUAUAUAUGCUUAGAUACCAAAGAGAACAUGAGUUCAGUUCAUCUAUUUAAAAUAUGAACUAGGAUUUAAUUAUUUUCAGAGAUCUUUUAGAUUAAAAAGUUUGA